GGAGAGGAGCGGAGCAGAGGGCCCCUCUGGGCGGCAGCACCCCCCCAUCCCCUGCCUGCGGUGGGCGCAGGCACCACGGAGCUGACGGGCAGCACCAACCUGAUCACGCACUACAACCUGGAGCACGCCUACAACAAGUUCUGCGGCAAGAAGGUGAAGGAGAAGCUCAGCAACUUCCUCCCCGACCUGCCCGGCAUGAUCGACCUGCCCGGCUCCCACGACAACAGCAGCCUGCGCUCCCUCAUCGAGAAGCCGCCCAUCUGUGGCAGCUCCUUCACCCCCCUCACCGGCACCAUGCUGACCGGCUUCCGCCUCCAUGCCGGCCCGCUGCCUGAGCAGUGCCGGCUGAUGCACAUCCAGCCACCCAAGAAGAAGAACAAGCACAAACACAAGCAGAGCCGCACCCAGGAUCCUGUCCCCCCAGAAACCCCCUCGGACUCCGACCACAAGAAGAAAAAGAAGAAAAAAGAGGAGGAUCCAGAAAGGAAAAGGAAGAAGAAAGAGAAGAAGAAAAAGAAGAACCGGCACAGCCCGGAGCACCCGGGGGUGGGCAGCUCCCAGGCCAGCAGCAGCAGCAGUUUGCGGUGAGGCCGCACCGGUGCCGCCCCGGAGAUCCCCCAGCCGACAGGAACGGCCCUGACUGACCUGGGAGGGACUCGUCCCUCCUGCAGCGCUUGGCCGGGGGGCUCGGGCUGGCCUGCGUCCCCCUCCAGCAGAGAGGACACCCCCGUAGCCCCCCCGCUUGCAUCGUGCAGCCAGCUGGGACCAGGGGACACAGGCCCUGCUGGCGCUGGCAUCGCUGACCUUGGCCUUUUAUACCAAAACCACCCGGUGCCUCGGGGGCCUCUCUUUUUUAGUCACCUUUUAAUUAAAAUCUCUGCUCUGAGAAGGGGUUGGUGGCAGCUGUGCUGUGACCCUCGGCUGUCACAGUGAGGACAAAGGAUGUGCGGAGUCGGAACUGUCCCGAUGUGCUGAGGCCUGGGGUGGAGGAUCGUGGCCGAGCUCCCACCCCAGCUCUCAGCCCAUCUCCCCCCUCUCCUGCCGGGGCAGGGCUGGGGGGCUCUGUGCUCCCCUGCCCCUCCCAGGCCUGGUGAGGACCGGAGCGACCCCAGAGAGGUACCGUGUCCCUGCGGGAGCUCCAGCAGCAGCCAUGGUGCGACGCCAGCGUCCUCAUUUGGCACCAGCGUCUCAUGGAGGAUCCCCAGCCUCACCAGCUCCUGUGACACCUUCCCCAGAGCCACUUUCCUCAUGCCCUGAGAAAACCUUACCUUCCGUGGGAGCAGGGUUUGCCCAAAACCACCCCGAGGAGGUGCCUCCCCAAAAGAGGACCAUGGGCUCAGCUCUCCUUGGGCCCUUGUGAGGAGGGGGGAGAAGGCCGAGACCCUGAAGGACAGGAGCCCUCCAGGGGCUCCUUCGUCCCUGGACGCUAAACAAAGCACACGCAUGCCCGCUGGGGUGGCUCAUUAAAUAUCCUUUUAUUCCUCGUUUUUAAAAUGGCUAAUAAUAAUAAAAAAACCAAUGGUGUGGCUCUGCAGAGGCCACGGGAGA